AGGUUCAAAGCUAUGACGUUGUUGUCUCUGUAGAUUUUUUUUGUUGCUCACAUACGGAGAAGACGCCGAGAAAGAAAUGGCGAUGUUUGGAGGCUUAGAUUCUGCACUGAAAAAGAAAGGCUUUGCAGAUAGCGAGAGGGACGUGUCAGAAUUUGUCUGUCCUGUCUGUCUGGAGAUAUUUGAUCGCCCUGUGACAACACAAUGUGGGCACACGUUCUGCCAGAGCUGCCUGCAGGAAUGCCUGCGUCCUCAGAAACCAGUUUGUGCUGUGUGCCGGGCAACCCUGGGGAAGUGGGCCAAAGCCACAGAGCUGGAGAUACUCAUUCACAACACAGUGAGCACCUGCAAGGGCUGCCGUGCCGAGAUGUGUUUGUCCCUGAUGCGAAGCCACACAGCUGCUUGCUUCAAAUAUCAGGAGUACAUCGAUGAAGGGGUGAAGACUACGGCCAGAUCCCAGCCCCCCGUCAUCAGCUCGGUGCCAAACCGCUUCACCUUUUCCUGCCCUUACUGCAACUUCCAGAACCUGGACCAGGAUGGGCUGGUUGAGCAUUGCACAUCCCUGCACUCCAGAGAUGCUCGCCAAGUGGUGUGUCCAAUCUGUGCCUCAAUGCCAUGGGGAGACCCGAACUACCGGAGCGCAGAUUUCUUCCAGCACCUGAAGAUCAGACAUACCUUCUCUUAUGAUACUUAUGUGGACUAUGCCACGGAUGAACAAACCAUGAUCCAGGAGGCUCUGCAGCGCUCGUUGAUGGAUAACUGAACUGACCACUGGGGGCGCUGUUCAGGCUCAUCCCAAACCAAUGAUCAUGGAUGGUCACUGCCAGAGACCCAGGGCAGCAAAGCAAUCAGCAACACCUCUGUAGCAGCACUUUUCAACAUUCAUGUCUAGAGGACACCGGAUGCUACAUUACAUCCAGCUGCACUUUAAAAAUCUAUUCAACGAUCAGUGUAGUGAAAACAGUUGAAGGUUUGAGCAAUUUAUAUCAACAGCUCAACUUUUUCUGUUGCAUUUUAAUAAUUGACACUUUAGGGCUGUCACAAGUGGAAUCAUGUUUGUUCUUUCUGUUGAACAGUAUUUUCAUUUAUAUUUUAAUCUUUAAGGCUUCCAAAUAAGUAUGGCAAUAUCUGGGGAUAUUUAUGUACCACAGUGUAAUAACAUAACCUUGAUUAAAAACUACACAGCAAUGAAAAUCCACUAGGUGGCCCCAUUUACUUGAAAAAGUCUGUUGCUUUUUGAUCCUUGGAAUAUUAUCUGAAUAUCAACCGCUUCCACACUUAGAAUCAUAGGGGUCAUGUUUUUUUUUCUUUCUUAGCUUGACGCUGUAGCUGAUGUGGUUGUGUGUCACUGAGCAAAUAAGAGCAGAUAAUUGUCACUAUCUGGUGUAUGUAAGCUGCCUGCCUCCCUGUGGAGUCGAUUGCUGAAGAUUCUGGUGUCCAGGUAGCACCCAUGUUGCCGUAAAGAAAAUAGACAUCCGAUCUGUGUCUUACUAUGUGUAAUUCACUUUCAAGAUGGAAAACCAUGUACAGAAAACCAUGUCCUUUAUUUGUCCCUUACAGACCCAGAAUGGCCUUAGUUCAAAUGUUUGUAGUAUCUGUUUAAUGGUUCAUCGGCAUUCCAUUUUGCAUGUCUCUUGCAGGAAGAGUGGGAUCUUAAUUACCAAGUGCCAAUUUCAUAAGGGAAAAAAGUCAACCAAUUGAACGAAAUUGUACACAAAAUAACCACUGCAAUCACCUGGCACCCCUUGAACCCUAGUUCUGUUUACCAUUAAGUGACCAGAUGGGGGCAGUGUUGCUCCAUCUGUCCCAUCUUACUGUCUCUAAUUUUGUCUGAGCCAACGACAGACCCUGUCCCUCUAUUGAGUCACCCCCGCAGAGCUGUGAACUACACAGUCUUUUGAAGAUCAAUUGUCAUUCUACAUCUCAUGUUCUUGCUACUACAUAAACCUGUUAAGUAAGGGUUUUUCCUUAGUGAAGUGACUUCUAUUAGUCGAAAAGAAAGAGGCAUUGUGCUGUGGGCAUUAAGAGUUUAGAUGUCUGGAGGCACCAUUACCCAGUAUGGUAUGGGUGUCUGCUCGAGAGGACAUCUGGCACAUGACCCACACUGGUGUGGGGAUGCACACCACUACUUUGAAAUCAUCUUGUGGUGAAAUGCUGUGCAUCUAAGUUGGUUAUCUGGAGAAAGGCAGCAGGAUCCGGUUUUAUCUAUGUCCCCUCAAAUCCUGUUGCUUGUUUUGAUGUGCAAGGUUUUACAGGGUUUUGUUUUUUUAUUUCAGAUAAAAUUUUAAAAAAAUCUGUGUCUAUUCUUUUAUUCGCAACAUAUUUCCAAAAUUCUGUUUGCUGUAUAACUCCUGCAGAGAAAAGUGGUGCAAUUUUGUUAGUGCGUUUGGAAAGAAGGUGGCUUGAAUCGAUUAAUGACUGUGUCACACCUCUAAUAAUGUCCAUGUUUUUUCUAAAGUACACAAGGACUUUCUAGUUUAUAUUCAUCUGUUUUAUGCCUUUGUUUUCAGUUAACAGUGCGAGAUAGAAUAUUUCAAUUCCAUCCUUUGUCUUGAUGUUUGAUCUUACAAGUGUUUAAAAAGUGGGAAGAUACAGUUCUCAGUAACCAACAAAAAAAGUUUUCAUUUAAUUUUGUUUUUCUUUCGAUGAUUUUAGCCCUGGAAAAGUAUCGUCUUUGCACCAUCACAAAUUACGCUUGCCUUAAAUAUCACAAUGGCAAAUUGUAUAUUCCUUACACUGAACAAGUGGCAUUGAUAAAGAACUUAAAUGCGGUUUGUGCACAUUGUAUUUUCUAUUAGAAUUUGUUUUUCAAUUAAAAACCUUUUUUAUGUGUGA